AUGAGUGAUAAAAAACCAAAACGUAAACAAGGUAACUUGGAUAGCUUCUUCAGCAAAAAAUCUAAAAUGGAGUUUAAAUCUAUUAACCACAAUUAUUGUGAAAUAAGCAAUACUGCAGCAUUAUCUGAAGCGAUUGAACCUAUUUCUUCUGCAUUAGAUUCUUCAAGUACAAGUAACAUAUCACCACAGAAAGAUUUAUCAAAACCGAUAAAUUCAAAAUAUGAUAUUGGUCUUUAUGUAAAUUAUGUUGGUUCAUUACCAAAUGAAGAAAAGGUUUCAAUUUUAAAUAAUUUAAAUAAUCAACUUAAAGAGGAUAUUUUACAAAAUCGUAAUAUGCUCAAGCCUAUCAUUCAGACUAUACGAUUGUGCGGUAGACAACAAUUUGGUUUAAGGGGGCAUCAAGAUUCUGGUCGUAUAUCAAUGAAAGAACCAAUUAAAAAUGAUGGGAAUUUUCGUUGUCUUUUGAGACAUCGUGCACAACAUGGAGAUAAUACGCUAAAAAAAUAUUUGGAAACUUGUAGUUCCAAUGCCAUGUAUACAAGUCCACUUAUUCAAAAUGAAAUUAUUAACAUUUUUGGAGAACUUAUUCAAUCAGACAUAAUUAAAAAAAUUUCAAAAUCAAAUUAUUUUUCUGUACUUGCUGACGAAACAACAGAUAUUGCACAAAUAGAACAAUUUUCAAUUUGUAUUCGGUAUUUUGAAGAAGAGUUGGUUGUUCUUCGAGAAGAUUUUCUUACUUUUGUACCAGUUCAUGAUGUAACUGGUCUUGGUUUGGCAACCGUUUUACUAAAUACAUUGAAAGAACUUGGUUUGGAUUUGGAUAAAUUACGUGGACAAGGUUACGAUGGGGCUGCUACUAUGUCAGGUAACUUUCGUGGUGUUCAGGCAAUUGUGAAAAAGAGUUACCCGAAAGCUUUAUACACUCACUGUGUUUCUCAUUCCCUGAAUCUUUGCUUAUCUGAUGCUGCCAAAACACAAGCUAUUCGUAAUUCAUUUAGUAUUAUUUCUGAUUGUUGUACUUUUUUCCAUUCCUCAGCAAAGAGAACGACAAUUUUAAAAAAUAAAAUUAUAGAGAUCCUACCUAACGCUCAGUCGUUCAAAUUAAAGUCUUUAUGCGAAACUCGGUGGGUUUUACGCCACGAGGCUGUUAUGCUGUUUAAGGAAUUUUUAGAACCUAUUGUCGCUGCGCUUGAACAAAUAGAUUGUGAUUCUUCAAACAGAACAACUAGCUUAUUAAAUACCAUCUGUAAUUUUAAAUUUUUAGUUUCUGUCUGCGUAUCAUCUAAAUUAUUAAGUUAUACUUAUCAUUUAUCAGAAUACUUGCAAACUAAAAAUAUUGAUUUAGUAAAUGCCCUUGAUAGAGUGAAUCAGGAAGUCUAA